GUUUAAUUUAAGUCCCUAACGUAACACACUAACUAACCCUAUCAUUUCAUUUCUUCUUUUGAGACAAACCCCAAUGUCUCGUCGUGAUUCUGAUUCCAAGCGACGCCAUUCUCGAUUCGAUCGAGAACCCAGCCCCAAGAGAUAUAGAAAACAAGAAAGAGACCGAGCAACAACUAGUGCUACCGAAGAAAAUGGAGACCAGAGACACCACCCCAAGCUGCGUGAUUCCUUACCACAUGAAGCCCCUUUGGCGGCAGAUCAUUCUAAGCAACAGUCUGGGGAUCUGCUCAAGGACACGAACAAGAAACCAAUUGAUCAUCAUGAAGCACCCAAACAUGCACCUGAUCCAACUCAAGUACCAAUAUCUCUCUCUCAUUUUCAGCAUGAUGAACGAGGUAGUGCAGGGCAGGCUGGGCGAAGCUCUGGUCAAAGGAAAGCUGGUGAGCGCGGAUGGUGGAAAGACUCAAAGAAUCAGCAUAAUGAAAGGGCAAAGACAAGUCACGGUAGGGAGAUGAGAGAUGAGAAAUCACAAGCCAAACCGAAUGAUGAUACUUUCCAGAGAAGAGAUGGUUUUUCUGGAAGGAAAGAUGAUUCACUUCCUGCCACGAGGAAAAGACCUGCAUUUAGGGAGAAGAAGAUUCCGGUGGAUUUGGGAGAUGCUGAUCCGGCUGUAAAGUCAGGCCAGAUUGACCACCCUCCAGAAAGGAAUGAAAGGAGGGAGGAAAGAAGCAGCAACCCACGCCAGUUGGAUAGACCUGAGAAGCAAUUUGCAGAUGAUAGAGCGCCAAACAAGGGUGAAGCUAGGAGAGAUGGAUUUCCAUUAAGAGGAAGAUAUGGGGGCAAUGGUGACGAUGGCAAUUACAGGGGAAGAGAUAAAUUCAAUGGAAGACAAGGUUAUCGUCCCAUUAAGACUCAAACUGAGAAGUGGAAACAUGAUUUAUAUCAAGAGGUUAAUAAGGAUCACAUUCCACAGAAGAAUGAGGAUGAUCAGAUAGCAAAGCUGGAAGCACUCUUGGCUUCAUAAUUGCAAACAGCAGCCAGUAUUAAGGUCGUUCUAAAUCAUCUUUUCAACUCGUGGCUUAGGGGGCAAUAUCCACAGAUGAUUUACCUGUUUAUAAAGUAUUUCAUUUCCUCAGGUGCAAUUAUAAGCAUGCACUGCUCUGAAUUUUAGUUUCAACUGGACUCAAUCCCCGCUGACUGAGGCGUACAGGUUUUGAAAUUGGAAUUUCCCUUGGCUUCAUUAGAAUGCAGAACAAUAUGUAAUCGAAAUGCCUGUAUUACCCUGUUUUCCUUGACUAUCAAACCUUUUAGCUUAUUCGUGACAAUUUUUAGAACCGGAUCUUUUUUGUCAACCUAGUACAUGACUUAUCGUCCUUUCUUAAGAUUUUGUAUUUUGGUCAAUUCUAUAAACUCCCAUCAAGUAGGUUGUCUUUGACUUGCAGUUGGCUUAUCUCUAAAUUACCGACUUAUAAAUAGGCCAGAAACUCUAAAUCAUCGUGUAAAACUUAAUGGCCAGAUACUUCCAGGAUUCCUAGAAGUCCAGUUGAUACACAUCUGCAUGAGUGGUUCCGUUUGAUUUUAAUAGUAAGCUUGAAAAAUUGCAAGGGACAACUUUGGAAGGAAAAGAUAAUAACGUUGUACGC